AUGUACACUAAAUGCGGCUUCAUAGGUUAUGGGAUUAAGGUGUUUGAUGAAAUGCCCGAAACAAAUCUUGUUUCUUGGACUUUGAUCAUUUCUUCUGCGGUUCAAAGUGGGGAAUUUAAAUGGGGCUUGAACGUGUAUUUGGAAAUGACAAGAAAUGGGUUGAUACCUAAUGAAUUUGCUAUUGGAAGUGUUAUGAAAGUGUGUGCAUGUAUGAGAGUCAGUGAACUUGGUUUGUCUAUUCUUGGUUUUGCAAUAAAAAUUGGAGUUGAAAAGGACCCGUUCGUGGGUUGUUCUAUUUUGAAUUUUUAUACUAAGGUGGGGGAUAUUGAAGGGGCUGAGCGGAUGUUUGAUUGCAUAAACAGUGUUGAUAUUAGCUGUUGGAAUGCUAUGAUGGGAGCAUAUGCACAAUGUGGGUUUGGUUUUGAAGCUUUGAAGGUUUUAUCUUCAAUGCGAAGUGAGGGACUACAUAUGGACAAAUACACCUUUGUCAAUGCCCUCCAGGGUUGCUCUAUUGUGGAUGAUUUAAAUACUGGAAAGCAGAUUCAUGGAUUGAUUACUCUCAGUGAAGUGGAAUGUAGCAUCUCAGUGAUGAAUGCUCUUAUAGAUAUGUACAUAAAAAAUGGUGAAAUGGACUCUGCUUUGAAGAUUUUCAAAAGAAUAGUUAAAAAAGACAUUGUAUCAUGGAAUUCUCUUUUUGGGGGUUUUUCUGAAUAUGAUAAUCCAAGAGAAUUUGCAAAGUUAUUCCAUGAGUUUAUGCUAUCAGGCAUAAGGCCGAGCCAUGUAACUUUCUGUGUACUGUUUAGACAAUGUGGAGAAGUACAUGAUGUUAACUUUGGGCUUCAGCUGUAUUGCCUCGCACUGCAUUUUGGAUUUCUUCAUGAAACAAAUGUCACAAGCUCGUUAAUCUAUAUGUUUUGUAGGUGUGGAGUUGUGGAGAUGGCACGUUUAGUUUUUGACAACGUACUUUGCAAGAAUAUAACCAUUUGGAAUGAGUUAAUUGCAGGCUACAAUUUCAAUAGUUGUGACAUGGAAGUUCUGCAGACGUUUUGUAAUUUAUGGCAGUCAGGUUUUGAAGCAAAUGAAUUUACCUUCUUCUGCACUUUGGAGGCUUGUUGUAGAUCUGAAAAUCAACAAAUGGGCAGACAGAUACAUGGUGUUGUUGUUAAGUCUGGCUUUUCUCAUUCUGGAUAUGUUUGUAGUUCCCUAAUUAAAUCUUAUGUUAAAUUUGGACUACUACAUCAUUCUUUUGAGUUCUUUAAUGGGUUUGAGAGAUUAGAUAGAGCAUCGUGGGGGACCAUGAUAUCUACAUUGGUGAAUCAAGGCUACAACUAUGAUGCACUCAGACUUUUCCACUUGUUAAUUGAAUCUGGUGAGCAGCCUGAUCAGUAUAUUUUGGGUAGCAUUCUAAAUAGUUGUGCUGACACUGGAAUUUAUCACCAGACUAGAUCUAUCCAUCCAUUUAUUAUCAAAUUGGGAUUUGAUGCAGAUGUCUUCGUUGCUAGUGCUGUUAUAGAUGCUUAUGCAAAGUGUGGGGACAUUAAAGGCGCUAAAAUGGCUUUUGAUCAGUCAUUUAAAUCCACUGAUGUGAUUGUAUAUAAUAGUUUAAUCACGGCUUAUGCUCAUCAUGGUCUUGUGACAGAAGCAAUGGAAAUCUUUGACAAAAUGAAUUUGGCCAAUCUAAAGCCUAGCCAAGCCACCUUUGUUUCAGUUUUAUCAGCCUGUAGUCAUAAGGGUCUAGUUAAACAAGGAUGUCUUUUGUUCAAAUCAAUGACCUUACAAUAUGGAGUAGAACCAUCUCCUGAUAAUUAUGGCUGCUUAGUGGAUAUGCUAUCAAGAAAUGGAUACCUCGAAGAUGCUAAACAUGUAAUUGAGGUAAUGCCCUUUGCAGCUUGGCCUGCAAUUUAUAGAUCCUUGCUUAGUGGUUGCAGGAUACAUGGCAAUAGAGAAAUAGGAGAAUGGGCUGCUAAGAAUCUACUUCAGUUGCUUCCUGAAAAUGAUUCUGCUUAUGUAAUGUUGUCAAAAGUGUAUUCUGAAGGUGGCAAUUGGGAAGGUGCAGCAAAAGUGAGGAGUGGUAUGACAGAAAAUCAAAUUUUGAAAGGCCCUGGGUAUAGCUGGAUUGAGACAUUGAAUCCUUGA